GCUGCCCCGGAAGCGGUUGUGCCACUUCCGGGUGGUUGUCAGUGACGCUCUCGGGCCGUCGCCAGGGUGUUCUGAGGUGGUGCCGGGCUUGAUUCCGGCCGGCGGGUCAGCAGGCUACGGCUAGCUCGGCGCCCGAGGUGAGAGGCGGGUACAUUUUACGUAUUUUGGAGUAAACUCUGCUGACAAUAUGAAGGAAGGGACAGUUUGUGAACUGAUAUGUAUAAGGAAAUAAUUUUCUAUUUGGGAUUAGAAGAUCAGCUCAUUCUUAGAGUCUUCCGAAAUAAAAUUAGCAUCGCAUAUGGGCGCCGGGUUCUAGUCCCAGUUGCUCCUCUUCCAGUCCGGCUCUCUGCUGUGGCCCAGGAAGGCAGUGGCGGAAGGCCCAAGUGCUUGGGCCCCUGCACCCGCAUGGGAGACCAGGAGGAAGCAUCUGGCUCCUGGCUUCGGAUCAGCGCAGUUCCGGCUGUGGCAGCCAUUUGGGGGAUGGACUGGGGAGAUGAAUAUUCCCAUAAUUCUUUUGACCUACACUGUUUGUUAAACUCUUUUCCUGGAGACUUGGAAUUUAAGCAGAUCUUCAGUGAUAUUGAUGAAAAGAUUGAACAAAAUGCUGCAAGCAUAGAACAUUGUAUUAAGGAAAUACAGUCUGAAGUUCACAAACAGUGUCCAGAUGUGCAGCUACAAACAACAACGGACUACUUGGAAUGGCUAACUCACUAUAAUUAUGAUACUUCUAAGUCACCUUCUAUUCCCCAUGGAGAUGUGAUCAAAUUCCUCAGAACAGUGCAAGAUUUGUUGGAGGAUGAACAGAACCAGGAAGAUAUGAUACUGGACUUGCUGUGGGACCUCUCCUGCCAGAGCAAUGCCGCCUUCCCGUCGAGCAUGAGUGGAACAUCUUUCCAUUUCCUCUCUAGGACUUCUCUUCAUUCUGUGGAAGACCAUUUGCCUGUGGAUGUAAAGUCUCUAUGGGAUGAUAUAAGACUGCGUCUUCGACGCUUCUUAGUGAGCAGAUUGCAAAGCCAUAACGAAAUAAAUAAUUCACAGCAAAAAAUCUCAUUGAAAAAUCAGUGCAUACAACAACUCUUGUUUCUUUAUCCAGAAACGGAAGUUAUAAUCAAGUACCAAAGCAUACAGAAUAAACUGUCAACUAGCCUUCUGCAGAAUUGCAUUCCUCCUUACAGCAGAGAUUCAGAUUUAGAUGUAAUAGCUUGUGGCUACCAAAGUACAAUGCUUAAGUUAUACUUAAUGAUAAAAGAGGAUUUUAACAUACUCUGUGAAAUUUUAGCUCCAUUCUCAACAGUGAAAUUCAUUAAAGAAACUUACCUGGAUACUGUUACAGAAGAAAUGCCAAAAUUUCUUGAAAAUUUUCGUGAGCUGCGGUUCAAAGAAAAUGCUGUCCGUGGGGUUAAAACAAGCAAGAGCUCCAGCAAGCAUAGAGGAGCACUGCAUGCCUUGGUCACUCCUGAAUGCCCACAGAAAGGAAAAAACGUUUGCUUUUCCUUAGAUGAACUCAGUUUCUUAUCUCAUCUUAUAAAAUCCCUUUUGACGCUAGAAAAAAAUGUCCAAGAAUUGUUUGAAGAACUGUUUUUAUCACUCAAGAUAUCCAGGAAUACUUCAGGGAUUCUGGAGAAAUCCUGUAGAGAACUUUUAACAGAAAAAUCUAGAGCAAAUGAAACCAGUGUUCCUUCAGAGCAGUUGUUGCCAGUAAAAGAGGAUACUCUGCUAGAUUUUGGCUGGAGAAGUGCCUUUAAGGAAGUGUCUCUUCCCGUGGCAGAUAGUAUAACAACUGCAAUUGAAGAUUUUUCCACGAGAAUUCUCCAAGAGGAACAGAAUGAAAGGUCUUCAACUGUGAGCUAUGCUGUGAACCUUGUAAAUGUCCAGCAGGUUUGGCAAGAUGGCCACGAGUUCCCUCAGGAGGAGCAACCAAAGAAAAUUGCAAAGUUUUGUUCUGACAUCAUGGAAAAACUUGACACAAUGCUUCCACUGGCUCUGGCAUGCAGAGAUGAUUCUCUUCCGGAAAUUAGAGAAAACUUGGUGGAGGCCUGUUAUAAAGUGGCAACAGCUGUCCUGGCGAGACUGCGAGAGAGAAGCAAGGAGGUCCCUUCCAAAGCACCCCUGAAAAACCUGCCCGCACUGCUAUCCUCAGCGGUGUAUGUCUUCCAGCGUUUCACGCAAUAUGACAAUUUGAUGAAAGAAACUACUAAAAAACCCAUAUUCCUGGUGCCUGUCCAACGAUAUCAGGAAUUCAUCAACACUCUGCAGUUUCAGGUUACGGACUACUGCGUCAGAGUUUGUGCUACAAGCAUUUUACAGGAUGGUGAGAGCCACCACUGGGAUGACUACAAAGCUUUUUAUGAGGGGGAAAGAUGCUCCUUCGCGCUCCAGAUGUGGCAUUAUUUCUGCUGGGCUCUUCAUCACGAUCUCUGGACCAUCCUGCCCCCUACGUUAGCCCAGGAGAUCCUAGCAGAAGUGCUGGAGAAAUCUUUGGGUCUGCUGGCCUCCAGAUAUUCCCGGGCCCGUCCCAGUUGUAAGAGAACUCCACAGAUAAGACUCGAUGUCACAACAAUUUUAAUUUGCACUGAAAACAUGUUAUGGUCAAUUUGUUCAUCUGGACAGCAGCUUUUGAAUCCUCAUGAGUAUAGAGACAAUAAAAUUUUCAAAAUUCAUACCUACUGUAACAAUCUGCUCACAACAUUAGUCAUUUUGACUUCACCAUUAACAGAAUUGUAUAAGACUUUUCAGGAUGGCAUGGAUGAGUCUGCUUCAGAUUCCUUAAAAUCAGUUUUCAACCAACCAUUACACUGGGUUUCUUGCAUUUCACAUUUCUACCCUUCUUUACUAAGGACUCCAUCAGCUGGAGGCCUGAAAACCGAGGGUCAGUUGAAACUGCUCUUAUCCCAGCCUGGCUGUAAUUGGAACCUGCUUCUGGAAACCCUACUGCAUUGCGAUGGUCUUUUAUUGAGGAUCCUGCUGAAGGGCUCGAAACAAGUUUCUGACACAGAAAAUCACCUGCAAGGAUCCAGCUUGGUGGAAGCCAUAUUUAAAGUCCUAUACCAUUGCAAUUUUUCUCCACAAACAUUUGGAAAUGUUUUUGUGAGCUACAUGGAAGAGGACCAAUUAUGGGACUUUUUAUAUAAUAUUCCAGUCUCAACGUGCCGGGAGUCAGAGCUAGAGGUCAUCCGAUGCUUGAGACUGGCACUGACCGACGCCGUCAAGGACAUUGUCCAGCAGACCGUAUCCGUGAUAACCUCCGGGAGGAACUGUGAGACAAACCCAGCCAAGCCCCGUGUCCCCGAUCGUCUGCUAGAGAGUAUUCCGAAAGAAUGCAGCUACGUGCCACGAGAGACCCAAAGGAAGGAAUCCACCAAAGGCUUCACAAGGCUUGCUGCUCAGGCAGUAUCUAUUGUAAUCAGCAAGUUACCUACGGUGAUUGCAUGUUUGCCUCCCCCAAUUAAAUACUUCUUUUUUCUGUCUGAGAGAAAAAUGUCAAAAAACUUUGUUGAAUUGAAGAAAGCUGGCCUGCUUGUCUGGAACUUGAUUGUAAUUAUACGUCGGAUAUUUGAGGAUGGAAACACUGUGGAACUCUUAACAGGUGCCUCCCUUGACAGAUGGAGCAAAGACAAACUCGGUUUAAUUUGCGUGUGUUUGGAAAGCAUCAUGGGUGAGCAGUGCAGCCCUAAUCAAAUGGCCCAAAAGGUCGUACAGAGCAUUGAGCAGCAAAAGCCCAACUGGAUUGAACGCCAAUUGUUGAAAGCAAGGAAACUGAGCACUGAAUGUGCAUUGAUGACAACAGAGAAGAGCCCAGCCUUAGAAGAAGGAGAUACUGCUCUUGAACUGACUGAGCAGAAAAUAAACACGAUGGUUCUGGAUCUCUGCCACAAACCAGGUGGCAGCAAGUACCUGAGGCAAAUUUAUCACAUCAUGCGGCUCAAUGAGGAAUAUUUAAAAGAACAGCUGUUUUCUAUAAAUGGCUCAGAGGAAAAGCCAUUAGUGGUCCCACCUCGAAGGAUGACCUUGAGGAGUGUGGAAGAUCAGCCUGCCUUUAACCCUUUCCACGUGCACAAGGUGUUUAGGGAAAGCAUGCUAGAUCAGUCAGCCAUCACAAAAUGGAACUGGAACUGGUCGAAGUUGCUGCCAAAUUAUCUGGGACUGGGUAAGACGACCUUCAGUGUCCUGCUCAAAAACAGUGCAUGUGUUCCGGUUCUCCACGCAGCAUGUGAUAUGUUCCUGUGAUCUCGUCGCCAUCCUGUGUGGAGCUCUUGGAUCUGUUGCUUCUGUCUCUGUUUUGCUACUCAUUGGCCACCCUACUCCAUAGCAGACUCCAGCAAUCCUUAGUCCAAGUCCAGUUCAGCUGUGUGUAACUUCCUACUGUUAGUUCUUCCUGUGACUACCCUGUGUGACUGUAACUUUGUGGAAUAAACUUAUAUUUCUUUGGUAUGUUUUUACUGACUCCCUAUAAUGAAAAAUGAUGAAGCCAGGAUCUUUCCUUCAGCCUUUCCUCUUUAACCCCCACCCCUGCCCACCACGUAAUUUUAAUUGAAGAAGUUAUUUAUUUUUAUUACUUGCAACUCUAAGUAUUCUUGUAAUUAAAUAAUUAUCUUUUGGCCUCUCUUAUAGAAGGUGAUUAAUGUCCUUACUGUAAGUUAAACCAUUUUUCCUAAUUUCUGUUCUAAAAUUUUAAAAAAUUAUCAUUAUAUUUAACAAUUUUUGCAUUUUUUUCCUUUUUUAAAAAAUAUUUUAUUUAUUUAUUUGAGAGGUAGAGCUACAGACAGAAAGAGGGAGAGCCAGAGAGAAAGGUCUUCCAUCUGCUGGUUCACUCCCCAGAUGGCCACAAUGGCCUGAGCUGGGCUGAUCUGAAGCCAGGAGCCAACAGCUUCUUCCAUGUUUCCCAUGCAGUUGCAGGGGCCCAAGCACUUUGGCCACCCUCCACUGCUUUCCCAAGCCAUAGCAGAGAUCUGGAAUGGAAGAGGAGCAGCCGAGACAUAUGGGAUGCCCAUAUGGGAUGCUGGCAUCAGAGGCAGAAGCUUAGCCUACUAUGCCACAGAGCCGGCCCCUGCAUUAUUUUCCUUAACCAUAAUUCUCAUAAUUAUUUUUUUAUUUUUAUUGUAAAUUUGGAUUCAAUUCUUACUGUCAUCUUUUUUUAAAAAGUUAUUUAAAAGUCAGAGUUAGAGAGAAAGGGAGAGAGGAGGGAAGGAGGGAGGAAGGAAAGAAGGAAGGGAGGGGAGGAGAGAGAGAGAGAGAUCUUCCACCUGCUGAUUCACUCCCCAAAUGGCUGCAACAGCCAUAGUUGGGCUAGGCUGAAUCCAAGAGCCAGGAGUUUUCAUCCAGGUUUCCCACAUGGGUCUGGGGGCCUGAGAACUUGGGCCAUCUCCUGCUUCUCUCCCAGGCAUAUUAGCCCAGAGCUAGAUCAGAAGUAGAGCAUCUGGGACUCAAACCCAUAUGGGAUUCUGGUGUCACAGGUGGCAGCUUUACUCACUAUACCACCAUGCAGGCUCCACUGUCAUCCAUUUAAUACCAUCUUUUUUUUUAAUUUAUGUCUCAGCUGAAGUUCAGUCUUUCAUGUUUAUUAAAGAUGAGAUCCUGUGACCCUAGUGUAAAGAAGGGGCCAUCAAAGAAGGAUGUACUUUUCUGGCCCUUUCUAAAAACCAGUGGAGUUUGUGGACUCAGAAUGCUUCCAUAGCCUUGGCAGCUCAUGACGAGUUCAGGUGAUCACUGAUGUCAUACCAGUAUAUGUCUCAGUUUUGACCAUUCUAUGUCUGUUUUUCCAAAGAAAGUACAGUGCUCUUUCAAGCUAUGUAUUCAAGUCUUCAAUUUUUUGUUUCUUGAAAGUUUUCUUAAAUUAUGUCUUUGGAUAUUUUUAAUCCCAUUUGUUUAGUUCUUUUCUUUAGGGAUACCAAUUAUGCUUAUGUUGGAUCUCCUUCAGUGCCUUCCACAUCUAACAUCUUGUAUCUUUAGUUGUUCAUUUCUAUUUUAUUUUAUUUUUCAAUUUCUUUUAGUUCUUCUAUAUUUGUUCUACUUUCCACUUCUUCCAGUGUGACCUUCAGAAAUCAAAAUAACUUUAAUAAAUACUUAGAUAAUAUGUCAGAGUUCCAUUUCUUUAUGUUGGAGUUGAGAACAGGAUAUAUAUUUAGACAGUUUUUGGUGUGGCCUCUGAAAGUUGCAUAGUAUUCCUCCAUAAAACCCUAUAAAUCUUUCUAUAAGACAGACCUAAGGAAACAAUGAAAUUUAUGUUAGAAUUAUAACUUUACUUAUCCUUAAAAGUUUUGCCUUAAAAUCUGGGAAGAUUUAUAUCCUACAUUAUUGUGAAAGUAUAUGUGUGGUCAUUGUCUCUAGCUUCCAUAGCAAUGUUUAUCUUAUAAUGCAAAGUACAUUUGGGGCAAAGGAGUGGUAGUUGAUUAAAUGCUAUUCUUUUACUCAGUAGAUCUCAUUGUAAUGUGUGUUUUAUGAUUUAUCAACCCAUAAAUUGUAGUCCAAAAUAUUCACAAGUAAUACAGUGAUAAAGGCUCAUUUUGCUUUAUCCCUGUUAUUUCUUUUUAAAAAUAGUACAUGCUGAAAUUUUUCAUCACACUGCUUUGUCAGUUAAUCAAGAUCCUUUUCAACUAUCAUAAAAGAAUGCAAUAUCGAUAUCUAUUCAAUUUAUUGUUCUAUGUAAUCCUAUAUUAUUAAAGUAGAGAAAGUAGAGUAAUUAUUAAAGGUAAGUAACUAUAUUAAUUUCAAAAUUUAAUCUAUAAAGCUCUCAAAGGGAAUUAUUACAUCCCUCAGAGCUGUAUGUUACUAAUGGACAAUACCUGAGAAAAUACAUGAAAUUUUUACAAUUACAUGUAAAUUAGAGCCCUUUUAUACAAGGUUAAUUUUUAUAUGUCAUUUAUAUGUGGUGGUAACUUGAUUCAAUUAUGAAGCAUAAAAAAUCUUGAGGCACAACUCAGUAAAUAUGCUUAAAUGUGAGGACACUCUGAAAAGCUUGUGUGAAAUGUAAUUUUAAGGUAAGUUUAUUUUGUUGAAAAGAAAUUUUGAAACACAUUUUUUCAUAAUGUGCAUUUUCCAUGUACUUUUAAAGACCCCUCAUAUAUUUUUUGUGCCAAGAUAAACUUAUUGUUUAAUUCCAUUUUCCAUGAACUUUUUGGAAUAUCCUCAUGUAACAAACCUUGGUAUUGUGUCAGAACAGGUAGGUCUAUUGUAUAUUAAACUGUUGAUCACUUGAAAAAAUCAGAAAUUGUAUAAGUAUCAAAUAUUGAUUAUAAGGGUCAAGUUUAGAGAAUAUGUAUUCUUUUCUCUAGAAAAUAUCUUAAAAGUAUUAGUUUAUAAUCCAAAUAAUAAUGAUUUUUCAGGCAAAUAUUUGAGAAGGAGAUUGAAAAUAGAGAAUCAACACAGUGCAUUUUUAGUUUGAUCUGAUUGUUGUCAAAUGUGCUACUUCAGCAAGACUCAGAAUAAAUGAAAGAUCAACAGUAUAGCACAUGUCAUUUUCUCCCACUGAGCAAAGAAUUAGCAAAGUCAUGAUUUCUCAACAUGAACAACAACUAUACCUGUUGAGAGGGUGAUGAAGAGUUGGAAAUGACUUUUUAUUCCCUUUCUCACACUGAAAUGCCUAUGAACAAGAAUAAAAAUCAAAAGGAAAGCUUUGUCUUAAGCAUAAAGAAAUAAUUGAAGUUGCAUGCUUUCCUGGAAAUAGAAAUAAAGGAGGAUGCAUGUAGAACAAGCUCCAGUAUGACUGUAUUAAUAAUUUAGGAAGGAACUGAAGACUGCAUGAAAACAUACACCCUGUGACUCAGCCAGUUCUCACCCCUUUUUAACAUUUGCUGAACAUCAACUUAUAGCAUAAAUAAAUAAGAGCUGUUAGAUUGCUUAGAGCAUUCUUGCUGGAAAUCUCCAUGUAGUGUUCCUUAAGUGUGAGAACUAUAGGUACCCUUAAACACCAGUGUUCAGCUUCUGCAUAGAGCACUUAGCAUAAUUCUUUUUUCUCUAUAGUUUUAAAAGUGUGGGAACAUGUGAUCAGGGUCCUUUUUAUAUUCAAAAUGGGUCAGCUUCUGUCUAGAAAUGUCUUAUUGUCAUGAUGUCACCACAUCUCAAGCUUUGUGACCUUUUGCACCAUAUGGACUCUGGGUAGUCCACAUCUUAGUUUACAGGCCAGAGUGCUAUUGUGCCCCCACUAGGGGGUAUCAAAGGCUUUUGGACUGGAAUUUCAAGUAGUGAUAGAUUUGGAAAAAAGUAAAAAGUAAUUUUUAUAUAUCCUAAGGACCGCCAGAUGUCGCAAAGGCAUCAUUGAUGAAGCGGGUUUUAUCCAAAAUGUGGCGCUUAUAUAAGGAAUACUAGUAUUGUGCUUGAGAGUUGCAGGGGCCAUAACAGGUCAGUGAAAUGUCCUUCAAACAUCUGAUUUUUACAUUCAAGAAUGGACCACGAUGAAAAGAUAACCACAUAUCUGACAUUGACGUUACUACCAUUUAGACAACCGAUUCAAUCGCCUUAGUCAGUGGGAUCAAUCAGGCCUUUAUUACUUUGAAAAACCACAGAAAUGAUAUAGUUUUUCUUUCUCUUUAAAAAUGAUGGCUUGGAAUGACAUCCUACCACUAUACUUUUAAACAGUAAGUGCUUCAUAGAAGCAUGUGUAAACUUGCGUAAUUCCUCCCACCCCCUGAGUUUAAAGCAUUUUACAAAAUGUACGAAAUUAUAAUAAUGCAAGGAAUGGUGCUGAGUGAAUUUCUGCUGAGCCAAACUGUAUGCAUAAAUUGGCAGUUUAACAAGUAAAACUUGGAAGCAAGCAUUUGAUGAUUGAUUUUUUAUUGAGACAGAACAAGCAUGAUAGUGGGGAAAGUGAUUUUCCUUAUUGAGAGAAAAUAUAGUGUUUUUCAACAUGUCUCUAGUAUGAAUGGAAGCCUUGUCAAAAAAAUGGAGCAACGCAUAAUAUCCUUAAAAAGGUGAAUUAACAUAAGUAUAUCACUUAUUUUAUGGAUCAAAUUUUAUACUUGUCAGUUUUAUUCAUAGUGUCAUAAAGUUUAUAUCAUAGAGGUAGUAUUAUUACCUUUGUUAUAUCCUUAAAAAUACUCUGAUAUUAACUUCUUUGUAAGUAGAUUAUAAAAAAUAUUCAUAUAUUCAAUGCAGUGAUAAAAAUUAAGGCCAAAAUAUGUAUUCAUGUGUAGAUCUUAGGCAACUCUCCAGUAAUUUUAAGUACUUGAAAUACAUUAUUCAACAAGUAACCUGCUCUAUAUUUGUGUGUAAUGGGCUCUGCUUGAGACUACAAGAACUGUCAAGAUGAAAAUAAGAAACAUAUAUCAUUCUAAUUUAAUUAUAAUUCAUCAAAAAUUCCUCUGCUAUAUGUAUUACAUGGAGAUAUGCAAGCCUUCUUAUAAAAAUAAUCAUAUGCUAAAGUUAGCUUUGACAUUUACUGUCAGGAAUUUUGUAUGCAGAUUUCUAUUAUUUAAAGAAUAUAUGCUUACGUACAAAUAUCAACAUGUAUGUACACAUGCUGAAUAUUGAUUUGUAUGUAUGCUUUUUGUACCGAUUUUAUAAUCACAUCCGUGGGAAAAUUUAAAUCAUGGAUAUGAAUUUGUUUUGAGAUAGUUCUUUUCAAGUUUGUAAAUGUACAUUUAUUUACAAUUGUGUUUUUAACUAGCAUUUAUAACUCUACAUAGCUGUGGAUCUAUUAUUCCCGUUUGGAAUAAAAUGUAUAACAACCUAAGGAGGAGAUGCUCAUGCUGUUUUGCUGGGUUUAAUUAGUAGGUAACCUAUGAAUCCAUGGUUGCUGUUACAUCUGAGGAUGUAUAUCAUGGGUCCGUGUUCUAUGUGAAAGAUUAUCUGUAUUUUAUUCUAAGACUUUAUGUAUAUUUAACCUUUAAUUUGACUAGCAGGUUGUAUGAUUUACAUAAAAAAUAGAUCAGCUUUGAAUUCACUGAAUGUUAUUGGUAUAACAUAAUCAAUCAUCUCUAAAUGUUAAUGGUGUUAAGGAGCAAUGAGAGCAUAUGUCUUAUAUUUGUAAUCCUGUGGAUUUAUGAAAUUAUUUGGGAUGUCUAAGCACAUUAGAUCAUGACAUUUUUCUGUAGUUAGAGAUUAGAAUUUUUUAAUGGUAAGUGAAAUUCUAAUGGAGUUGGAGAAUUAGCCAAAUAUUUUUUUUUUACCAUGAGUUACCUAAUAGGUGCCUUGAUGACUAGAGCAUUCUUAUGAAGAAAAGUGUAGGUAGGCUACAACACAAAGCUUGACAUGCUAUGACUUUGUCUCAUUCUGUAUUCACUAUCUUUUAAGAAAUUAUGACUUUCGUUGGUGUUAUCCUAAUUACAUCAUGCACGGAAUUCCUCAAUGAAAUAAAAAUUCAAUAUAUGAAUGACAGUAGUCAGGGAAAAAAUAGGAUUUCAAAUGGUAAAAAGCCUGCUGUGGUAACAAAGACUGAAUCAAUCCCUGUGUCGUGUAGCAGCUUGAUCAUAUCUUUAAAACUGAUAGUAACAAAGAAUAUUUAUUUGUUGCCACGCUAUUGUAAGAUUUAUUUUUAAACUCAAAUCCCAAUUAUCAAGAAAAUUGCAUCCUCUUUAUCUCACAGAAGGACAUCCUGAAUCAUAGCAUAUUUGGUUAUUGGAACUAUAAUAUUGUUACCUUGCUUGAAACACAUGGUCUCUCUUGAUAUACAAGAAAAAACUGAAUCCAUUUCAAUAAAUUAAUAGGGAUGAGAAUCCCAAUCCAUCCUUCUUUUCAGAGGUUCGCAUACAUUGUAAUGAAAUGCAUUAGGAGUUUUCUUCACUUGAAAUCCAAAUGAGACUCAUUUUGGCUCACACCCUUGACAGUCUCUUUUAUAAGCAUUGCUGUCUCCUGUUCUUGUGUGGGCCUGGUAAAAUGCUUCCUUUGUAAGAUCCACAGAGACAAUAUAAUGCCACGAAAGACGAAGGUGUCAAAACACAAAGUUAGAGGCAAUCUAAUCAAUGCCUCCUGAUUUAGCCUUUGAAGGCUCUCUUCAUUAAAACUCUUUAAUGGUGAGGCUUAUCUCGAGGUAGAGCUGUUACUUAAUAUUUUUCAGUGUCAUUCUUUGGACAGUCAUUUGUACCUUUUAAAUGUAUUUUCAGUAUUCAUUGUUUAGUAAAUUGGAUGUCUUGUUAGCAUGGUGGUGGUAUGAAUGACUUGCAUCAAAAUGAUUGAAGGUAAUAGUGUAUAAAUUCCUGGUACAUUUUUCCCCUAUCCUCUAAUCCCCAUCUUACCCUCCAACAACAACAACAACAAAAAUCUUGAUUUAUUUUCUUUCCAAAUAUCAGGUGUAGGAUGUCAUUAGAUGAUUUCAAAAAACAGAUAAUGAGAUAUUUUUGCCCUAUCCAAGAAUCUGAUUGGAAAUCUAAAGAAACAAAACAAAAACAACCCAAAGCAAUUAAAAUUUUGAUUUAUAGGUAAUUUUUUACCAUUGCCAUCUUUCUACUAAGUACACUUCUUGAAUAUUCUUUCUCUGAGCUUUUGGGAGAAACAAUGUGAAUCUCACUAACAUGAUAGAAAAAUUCCACUUGUCUCCUGCUCUUCUUAGUUUUUGUUUCUCAGGAAAUAGCUUAGGAAAUGCGGGGGGGUUGGAGAGACAUAACACUUAACCAAUUCCAGACUGUGUUGUGAACUUGGAAAUUGUGUCCAUAGAAGACAUUCUUUAGAAGAUUUUUAUUUCCUUAGACAUGAAUAAACGUAUCUAAAAUGUUGUUGAAUUUUCAUUUCACUAGUUUUACCCCCCGCCAAUAAUUUGUUCAAAUUGACUAAAUGAAAAACUUAUAAUUUUUAUAUUUUUCUUUGGUACACAGAUCAGAUGGUGUCAUGAUUUGAAAAAAAAUAGAGAGGAUACAUUGAAGAAUAUUUCAAUAAUGACUCAUGUGUGACUGUAUUUAAAUUCAUGUUUUAUACACAUACAGUGUGUGUUGGAAAGACAUAUACAUAGAGCAGCAAAUAGUUUUGUGUGUUUAUUCACAGAACAUGUAGUCCUUCCUGUGAACAGAUUUAACAAGUCCACACGCUUUUGGAUAGUACACUCAUGCAAACCAUUAAAAAAAAAACCCUGAGAAAUCAGGAGCUUAAUUUCUUUUAAUAUGUCCAAGUUAAAAAACAAAAUCCACAGGAUGCCUUUGCUACAUUCCCACUUCCAAUCUAUGACUAUCAGGAGAAAGAAAGAAUUUACAAAAUGCAGAAAAUAGGAAGGGAAAGCAUCACAGAAUGUAUGCACAAGAUAUCUUGAAAAUGGAAAAGAAUUCAAGCAACUUUGACCUGAUUUUUAAAUAACUACUGUGGUGACUACAGCUGCUUGAGCUUAGUAAUUAUUUGUGAUAGGUUGUUUUUGAGUCCCAUAUGUAUAGGAGCUCCAGGCCCAUCUACCUCAUUUGCUGGCAUGCCAACAGAUUCUUCCAGGUGCUGAAAAUUAAAUUUUAAUAUAUUAUUUAAAUAUUAAGAGAAUUACAGUUUCAGUAAUGUUAGUGCUACAGCUGGAGUGGAAAACACGCCUGUAGAAUGCAGAGCAUUCAGACAAUAUAACAUAUAGGAAAUUUACAGUGAUUUUUAAAUGAUGAGCUUAUAUAUUUAAUGGAUGAUGCCUUUACUUGGCAAUUGGAUUAUACAUAGUUUCCUUGGUUUCAUUUCUCGUACUUUCGGCACCGUUGAUGUUACUGCAGAUUAUUAUUUGUCGUUCUUUUAUUGGUAACUUACCUAAAAGGAAUGCUUUAUCGAUGUCACAAAAACUGGAUAUUAAAAAGCAUAUGGCUAAAAAUUCAGUACCUGUUGUGGCUUCGUACAUCUGUAUUACCCUAUGCUGAAAAGAGUUUUAAAUGCUGAAAUAUUUUUGACCUCUUUGCUCUCUGUUUUUUUAAUGAGAAUAAUCUUAAAGUUGUUGGAAAUGAGAGAAAAGGCUAACAGCACUGCAAUCUUGAAGACCCUAAAGCCAGAAUUCAUGAUUAACAUACCUGCCUCUUGAAAGUUUUGGUUUUAACCUGUCCAUAUUAUGGAAAAGUCAAUUAAUAAUAUCUGUGUGGUGAGAUGCUGACAGUUGGGAAUUCAGAGUAGGGGAUAAAUUUAAUGAUGAAAUGUUGUAAGUUACAACUUGUAGCUUCAUUUUCUAUGAUAAAACCUUGGCCUUCUAGCAAGUGCAUGUGGCAUUUCUCCACAGCAGUUAAGGUUCCAUAGCCCCUGCACCCACAGGGCUCAAGUUCAGAUCUCAGCUCUACCACGUUCUAGCUGGGCGACCUGGGACAGUCAGCCCUGCAGUGCCUCAGUUUUCAGAUCUUUAUUCUGCAGCUGCUGUUUCAAGGAUGAAUUUGUCAAGUCAAAGACUUCAAAUAGUACUGGCAUAAUGUAAGCACUCUACAGAUGCCAGUUAUUUUAUGAGUUUUAUUCAUAUAUCAAAAUUGCUUUACUGUUAAUAGUAACUUUGAGUAACUGCUAUCAGUAGAUUAAAUAUGAACUUUUGCAACUCUUGAAGGGUCCUAGCACUCAUUCAAAAAAUACUUCUCCUAGGUCGUGGGUUACCAUGGGGUAUUUAACUCAUUAAUCUAUAAAUAAACCCUUUACUCUCGGAAUUCCCAGUUUAGACCAUAGUGUGGUUCCCCACUCCAGAUAUAGUGUGAAAAAUGGUGACACAAACUGUCAAAUAGUAAAAUAUUCAACAAAAUCUCACUAGAAGAGUUACACAAUUACUGCUAAACCACAGAACACGUUUUAAAAAUAGAAGAGUAAAGACUUUGUCAGCCUUUUCAUUUUCCCCCUCCUAGUAGUGUAAUUCUAGAAAGAACCUAAUUUUUAAAAGUUUUGAUUGUUUUUGAAAAAUUCAACUGCUUUUGAAAAUCAUGAUAAAAAAUAAUCACACAAAUUAUAUUCUGAAAGAUGGACUAAAGUCCAUGUAGCAUAACAUUUUUUGUUCUUAAGAUGUGAGUUUUAUAUGUCAUUGUGGGUAACUGAUACUUUCCAUUGUAAAAUGUAAAAGAUUUGCAGUGUCAAAAUGAGUAAUUAACAUAAUGUGAGUGUUCUUUAAAAAGUUCAUGGAAAAUGUAUACUAUGAAAAAACUAUAUGUUAAUUUCACAAUUUUUGCACCAAAAUAAACUUUUAACUCCAUUUUACUUAAACUAUCUGAAGUGCCCUUAUACAUGGAGUAUUUACCCUGGAUGAGGAAUAUAUUAGGUUGGGGGCUGGGUUUGUAGAGAGCAAGUUGGAUAAAAUCUUUACAUGAAAUUUAUACUGUAGGAAGAAAGCAGACGAUAAACUGAUGAGCAAAUAUACAGCAUGUCAUAUGUAAUUACAGUACAUUAGAAUGUAAAGUAGUAAAAGCUUUGAAGUAAAGCAAAGCACAUAAAGGUAUUGGGAGGGUUCGUGCUUUCAAGUUAGGGGAACCAGGGAGGGCAUG